CUUGCUGCCCGAGCCCCACACAAGCACCACUCACCAAAGCGCCGAUCAGCCGUUUCCCCCUGGGAUUAUUCAAGAAACGGGGCCCUCUCUCCCUCUGCGUUGCGUCAACCACAGCCCAGGGGCGCAUCCUCAGGCCCAAGCUCAACCACAACGUUUACGUGUGCUCAAGCCAGCUAAGGAGCUGCCUACCUUAGGUAUUGCGCGGCCUCCACGGAAUAUUAGCCAGCGACUUACCUGGCGCCACUUGCUGGGUCCAAAUAUUCGACUAUCCAUCCCGCCAGUUCCGUAGACACGAAGCGCAAAGAGCAACACCCGAAAUCAUCAAGAUGGAGGCCGCUUCGGCGCGGUUCGCCGCUAGAGACCGUUGGGGGGAGAUGGGCGCCGCCCCGGCACCUUCGCAACUCCACCGGUUUAUUCAGGCGGCGUGCAGCCCAGAGAACUUCGAGCCAAACCUCGCGCUGAACCUCGAGAUCGCCGACCUAAUCAAUGCCAAGAAAGGUUCGGCCCCGCGCGAGGCCGCCGUCGCCAUCGUCAACUAUGUGAACCACCGCAACCCCAACGUCUCGCUGCUCGCCCUUAACCUGCUCGACAUCUGCGUCAAGAAUUGCGGUUACCCCUUCCAGCUGCAGAUUGCCACCAAAGAGUUCCUCAACGAGCUAGUGCGCCGCUUCCCCGAACGACCUCCGAUCCGACCGUCGCGCGUCCAGCUCAAAAUCCUCGAGGCCAUCGAAGAAUGGCGCAGCACCAUAUGCGAUACGAGUCGUUACAGGGAGGACCUCGGAUUUAUCCGCGACAUGCACCGUCUGCUGAGCUACAAGGGAUACACUUUUCCGGAGGUUAGGAGGGAGGAUGCCGCCGUGCUGAAUCCCAGUGAAAACCUCAAAUCCGCCGAGGAGAUGGAGGAGGAGGAGCGCGAGGCGCAGUCGGCGAAGCUGCAGGAGCUCAUCCGGAGAGGUACACCGGAAGACCUGAGGGAAGCCAACAAGUUGAUGAAGGUCAUGGCCGGAUACGACACUCGGUCCAAGGUCGACUACCGCGCCAAGGCCGCUGAGGAGGUCGGCAAGAUUCAACAAAAGGCAAGACUGCUCGAGGAGAGGCUCGCGGCCUUCCAGGCCGGCGAGAAGAUGGUGGACGGUGAUGUCUUUUCGGAGCUCGCGGCGGCGCUCUCGAGUGCCCAGCCCAAGAUUCAAAAGAUGUGCGAGGAGGAAUCCGACGACCACGAGGCGGUAGCCAAGUUGCUCAAGAUUAACGACAGCAUACACCGCACAGUCGAACGGUAUAAGCUGCUCAAGAAGGGCGAUGUCGAAGGCGCGCAGCAAAUAGCCAAGGGCGCCCCAGUCCCGACAACAAGUAGUGGGAAAAGUGCGGCAAGCGCGGCGAACGAACUGUCCUUGAUUGACUUCGACGAUGCGGAUGCAAACGGCGCGGCUGGUGGCCAGUCGACCUCCAAGACGGCCGGGGUUGAGGACGAUCUCCUGGGUUUGUCAAUAGCCGACACCAGCAGUUACGGCCAAGCAGGCGGGAUCGCUCUGGGUUUCGGGGCCAACACGAAUAUCCCUGGCCCGGCAUUGCUCUCAUCUGUCACAGAAGGCAACACCGCGAAGGGACAAGUGCCGGCAUCCACGCCGUCUCCCGCACCCUUCUCAAACUUCAACUCCUUCACCUCUGCGCCAGCAUCUAAGUCGAGCACCCCGCAGCCGGCUCAGAGAUCGGCCUUCUCGCCACCCACUCAGUCAUCGACCACGGACCCGUUCGCAGCACUCUCCUCCCUGUCCCCGGCACCAGCCACAUCCUCUCAGGCGCCCACUCUAGCGAACGACGACGACGAGUGGAACUUCUCCUCGGCGCUACCCCCAGAAGCCCCGCAAGUACCCAGAGAGCACAAGGCGCUGGUCAGCAACACAAACCUAAAGGUCGACAUGGUCGCCAACCGGACCGUCGAUACGGACCCCUUGCUCAACUUGCUAUUCGCGUUCACAAAUAACACGGCGCAGCCAAUCUCAGAGCUGCACUUCCAGCUGGCGGUGACCAAAGGGUACGAGCUGCUCCUGAAACCACAGAGCGGGAGAACGUUGGAGCCAAAGCAAAGCCGGGGCGUCACCCAAUCUAUCAAAGUGCGCCACGCAGGGAACCAGGCCAAGAAGGUGGAAGGGAUCAAGCUCAGGUGGCGGGUGUCGUACAAGGUCGGGAGCGAGUUGAAGCAGGAGAUGGGCGAAAUACCGGAGUUUACUGUUGCGUAGUAGUCUGAUCGUGGAAUGGGAGUGAAAUAGGGGAUCGUUUUGAUAGCAUCUAUACUGGAUGAGAGCGGGGGCAAAGGGGUGUUGAUAUCCAAACCGCGUCAAAUAAGAUUGAAGUGGUAUGCGCAUGAAAU